AUGACCCGGGGAAGCUUGUUUCCAACGAGAACGUCGAACUUUUGCAAAGGUGAAGCACUCCGUUGCUUGCAUGGUUGGAAUUUGACAAUCAGCAGCGGUGCUGAUAUUCUUCAGAGAGCACAAAAGGAAUUAGAGAAGGAGAAGCGAACAGUAGCAUCCAUUAACAGUGCGCUCAGCUACAGUCAUGCCGCAAACCAUGCCGAAAAGAAGCGCCCGCACGCCUCCAUUACCGACACCAUUAUCGAGAAUGCCAAGAGGAUUGAAGAAAAGGCUUCGGCGCUUGCUGGGAAACGAAGAGCGAGACCUGCUGGGCUGACGCUUGCUCACAAGGUUUCAGCCGAGUUGCAACAGCGAAUAGUAUCCCAUCCAAGCAGGAGCACGAAAACUCCCUUUGCGAAAGAUCGAGGCUGGUCGGUGGACAAGGAGAAGGCGGACAUGGACAGUUUCUAUGACAACCUGGACAACCAUGCGGCUGUGAAGGAGUUGGAGGCCAGGAGGAAGAACACGAGAGACGCCAUUCUUCACGAGACAGUCUUGAAGACAAAAUCUGAGCUGAAGAUGAUCCAACACGAUGCUGCUAAGAAGGCAGGUGGCGAGGACAGAAAGGAUCUGAAGGUGGAGUCGAAGACCUCCAAGAACAGUGAAGUCUCUGCCUCGCACGACAUGAGCAGGAACAAGUUCUCGUCUUCCACUGCUCGAUCAGACAUCGAUGGGUUCUACGACGAUCUCAUCCAGCACGUGACGGCUGGCAAGGACGGAAAGUCCAAGAUGUCGGAUGCGGCAGCUCGGAUGCAAGAGAAGAAGUUCUUCUCAAAACUCAGGGGGAAGUCGAAGUUUGCGGUGCAGGACAGCAUCAACGUCCACCUGUCGUCCGACGCUGCAAGGGAGGAGAUGAACAGCUUCUUUGAGAACGAGAUCUCUACUGCUGAGCAUGAGAAUCCUCUCUCCGCAAGGAAGGAAGCCAAAGGUUCGUUGACGGCUGGGAAGGCCAAGGCAGAGGUGAACGAGGGACCGAAAGACGUACUAGAGAAGAUUAAGGUGGCGAACGGAAAGGAAGCGGCAAAGUCUCGACUUGAGAAGAAAUUCAAGCAGCAGGCGAACACGGCUGCCAAGAAGUGA